AUGCACCUGCCGCCAGGCACGACGAAGCGGGCCCUCGGCCGGCUGCGUAUUGUGUGGUGCUGCGUCGUGACGGCCGAAAGCUGGCACGCCGUUUUCGUUGGUGCACCGAUUCUUUUCUUCGCAACUCUGUUCGUGACGGUUGUCGUGCCGCGCGGAGAGUGGCUCACGUACCUCUUCACAGCCUUUUUCACCGCCACAUCCGUCACGUGCCUGAUACUGUCGGUCACCCUCGACCCCGGCAUCAUCCCGCCUGCCUCGCAGUCGCAGCAGCCGGCAGAGCCCGCGGUCGUCCUCGUAAGCGGGAAGCCUGUUGUGUGCAAGGUGUGCCCGACGUGCCACAUCCUUCGGCCGCCACGCAGCACACACUGUCAGUUCUGCGACGUCUGUGUGGAGGAGUUUGACCACCACUGCGGUAUCCUCGGGAGCUGCGUGGGAAAGCGGACGUUCCGCUUCUUUGGCGGUUUCUUCAUCAUGACAAGCUUCCUCGCGCUCUAUGUCCUCAUUCGCUCCUUUAUUACCGUUGUGACGACCGAUUUUACGCUAGCAAACGACCAGUCGCAUUUGAUCUGGCUGGCUGCCUCUUGCAUCCUCUGCAUUUUCGCCGCGAUCAUAGGCGCCAUUCUGGUGAUCCCGUGUGCGGCGCGCUACGUUAUGCUGAGUGCCACCAACUCCACCGUGAAGGAGACGAUGCGCACCCAGCAGCAGUCGCAGUCGGGGAAGCAGCCAGGGGGCUGCCUUCCUGCUGCGGAGAUGCGCAGUGAUAACUACUGUCUCAGCCUCGUUCGCCGCCUGUUUAGCCCUAUCGGACGCAGCCGCAUCCCUUUCGACUACUACGUCUAG